AAAUCAAAGUUUUGCUUUCUGGCUCUAAUGCUUAACUACUGAUCCUUCUCCAACUGAUCCAAAACCUAUUUGCAGUGGAGGGGCUUUGAAUCAGGCAUUUGACACGCCACAGAAAAAUGUCACUGCAAGCUCGGGGGAUACAGCAGGUGGGCUUAGGAGUAGGACCUAGUUUAACACCAUUCUGCCUGUAAUGGAGGGGAAUUUAUUGCUGAUUUUGAUGAAAGCUGAUGUGUGGCUUUGCUGAGUAUGUUUGGAAAUCCUCUCCACUGUAGGAUUUAUGGACUUGAUCAGGUCUCAGACAGCCUUGUGCAUAACUGCCUCUUCACAUCUCAAAAGUGUAACUGAACUGCAAAUGGUUUUCACACCAAUUAUUUCCCUCUUGUUUUUGAAUAGAACCGGGAGGGGUGUUGUUUAUCCCAUUUCCCUGGUGCAGCUGAAACUCGAGCAGCAAGCUUGUGCUGAAGCUGUUGUUUCCUCUGCAUGUUUCCCAUAAGGAGGCCAAGGAGUGUGAGAUUUGUGAUUCAGUGUGUGGCUUUGUCACAUGCAUACCCAGGCUGAAGAUGAUAGAAAUCUUGGUACUGUCUCGCUUCAGGUUGGGUUGACCAGCCCAGAUCACAGUGCUAGCGAUCUGAAGCAAGGAUCCUGACCGAUGCAUGUUCAGCACAACCUGACUUCUUCUUGAAGAGAACAAAUAUUUCUCUGAAAGUCUGUCCCCUCAAAGCAGCACACAGGACAAGCUUGGAUAGAACAAAAUACAUGGGACACACAGACAAUUAAAGACUAGAAUAGGCACUGUGCUUCCAGUCCCAAGAUUUUUAAAGGAGGAGUUGGACCAAGGAGCCUGAAGACCAUGGAGGGAGACUGUCUGAGCUGCAUGAAGUACCUGAUGUUUCUUUUCAAUUUCUUUAUAUUUCUGGGAGGAGCAUGCCUGCUGGGACUUGGAAUCUGGGUCAUUGUGGAUCCCACAGGUUUUCGAGAGAUAGUGGCUGCCAACCCUCUGCUCUUCACAGGAGCGUACAUCAUGUUGGCUAUGGGAGCAAUGCUCUUUCUGCUGGGUUUCCUCGGCUGCUGUGGUGCCAUCCGUGAGAACAAAUGCCUCCUGCUUUUUUUCUUCAUGUUUAUUUUGUUAAUCUUCCUGGCAGAGCUUUCAGCUGCAAUCCUGGCUUUUAUCUUCAGAGAAAAUCUGACCAGAGAGUUUUUCACCAAGGAGCUGAAGAAGCAUUACCAGAGGAACAACGACACAGAUGUCUUCUCUUCCACCUGGAACUCUGUUAUGAUCACAUUUGCCUGCUGUGGAGUGAACGGACCAGAAGAUUUUGAAGCUAUCCCUCAUCUUCCACACUCCUCUUUGGAAAAGAUGAUACCAGAGGCUUGUUGUCAGCGAGAGCUCCAGAGCCGGGAAGGGAUGUUUGUCAACAAGGAAGCUUGCCUCGCAGGCAUCGAGAGGUUUCAGAACCGACAGGGCUGCUACACUGUGAUCCUGAAUUCCUUCGAGACCUACGUGUACCUUGCAGGAGCCCUUGCCAUCGGAGUGUUGGCUAUUGAGCUGUUCGCCAUGAUCUUUGCUAUGUGUCUCUUUCGAGGGAUCCAGUAAGAAGUGGCCCAUGGACCACCAGGUUCCCCACAUGCUCAGAAGAAAGAAGGAAAAUCAGAAGAAACAAAAUCUGAAAACACCUAAAAAACUUUAUUUUUUUUAAAAUGGGAUAGGGAGGGGGAAAAAAAAAAAAAAGAAAAAAAGAAAAAAAGAGGGUUGUAAUAUAUGAAUGACCAAAAGGAUUGUACUUCAGGGGCUGGAACUUUGAGGUGAUGUGCACUACACUGUACACCGGACCCUUGCCCAGAGCCACCCGCAGCAGCUGUGGAGCAGGAGCCCAGCGCAGCCGAUUGCACUAGAGACUGAUGGAGCCAGUGGAGGGGGUGUGGGAGGAUGAGCACAGCUGCCUCUUCCACAAGGCUGAGCCUACCAUGCAUGACUUCAUCGUGCUUUAUAGACAGCAAAGGAUUGAAGAACAGACACACAAGGGACUGGAUAAGGCAACAGGUUGGCCUUGAUUGUCCAGGUGGGUUUGAAACAAGCAGUGGUGGCUCAUCUAAGUAGGUAGCCAUUUUUUGAGUGAUUCUGGCUUUAAUUUCCAGCCACAGAAUGAAAACACAGAUUCUUCAGGGGAAGCUUUGCCCUUGUCAUGUGAAACUUGUCUGAGAAGUCAAGCACUUCAGUGAGGCUUUUCUCCAGAGUCCCAAGCAGGGGCAGCACGAUCUAACCUGGCAAUGGGACUCAGCUAAGGCUGACUGAGGGUCAAGAGUUUGGUGCCUACCUUUCUGUUUUUAUUAAGAUUUAUUGUUCAUUGUUGUGAAAGAGACCAAAUGGUUCCCUGCUGUGUUCCCAUGCCCUGGGAAAAAUAAUGGUCCGAUCAAGAAUCAUUGACCUGUUGCCUUCCUGAGAAGGGGAGGAUAGAAUCUUUAAA